CUUCUGGGAUCUUUAGUGGUUUUGCUCUGUUACAUUGAUGAACUCUUAUUAAUGGGGGAUCUGAGGGUGGAAUGGAUAAGAACAGACUCAGAGACACUGGUUCAUCUGUAUCAAGAUGGUGAGAGUCGACCAGAGGUCCAGCAGCAGGAUUAUCAUGAUAGAGCUCAUUUCUUUACUGAUCAGAUUCAACAUGGAAACUUCUCUCUCUGUCUGGACAACCUGAGAGCUGAAGAUGAGGGACGAUACACAUGUAGAGUUUACAGUCAGCAGGAUUCUGGUGAAACUGUGGUUCAGAUAAAACAUGAGUGUUUGCUAGUAUCAGGAUCAGAUCGGUCUAUAUCUGCACAUGAUGGUGAGGACGUCACUCUGAACUGCUCUGUAGACUCUCACAUUAAACCUGAACACAUUGAGGUUUCAUGGAUAAGAACCGAUGGAGAUAUUCUGGUUCUGUUCUUCCAAAACAAUAAGACUUUACCAGAUUCAUCAGAUGAGCAAUACAGAGACAGAGUUGAGUUCUUCACUGCUGAAAUCCCCAAAGGAAAUUUCUCUCUCAGACUGAAGAGUGUCAGAACUGAGGAUAAAGGAGUUUACAUGUGUCAAGUGUUUGCUGGAGGACUUUCAGCCAAUGUAACUGUAGAACUGGAGCAACUGGGUUUCUCUUCUUGGCACAUAGCUGUGUUAUUUUUCUGUUUUGCUGCUGGAUCUGGAGCUGUGCUUCUGCUCUGCUCUCUGAUCUACUGCAGAUAUAAGAACACAGUCACCAGCAGCAUAAUCAUGAAUCUUCAGGUUUCUCUGGUCUUUUGUCCAAACAUCUGUAUGCUAUUUGCCUUCAUGCUUUGGGGCUUUACUGAAGGAUCUCUGCUUGAGACGGUCACCUGCUCUGCUCUUUAUCUUCUGAGACCUGUAAUGUUGAUGUGGGCUUUGCGCUAUUUGAAGUGUCUUCAAGACAAUCAAAAAUCAUGGAUCAGGUUUUUCAGAAUAACAAAAGAAUAUGCUAUUCUCACAGUCAUUGUUUAUUCAGUAGAUUUGUCCAGAAUUCAGCUAUUAAAUCUUAUCCACUCCGUCUUUAAAAUCCUGUAAACAUGAACUCUGAAGUCAGCAACCCUGAAUACUCAAACUGACUGAAAGACAGACAGAACUUACAAGUGUCUAAUACAUUCUUCAUUUCAAAAUCAUCAGAUUACAUCCUUUUAUAAUUUAUACUUUAUUGCACGCAUACUGUUGCCCUAACUUUCAUUAAUUAUCAUAAUGUACAUGUGAUCUCCUCUUUCCCUGGUUCAGAUUAAACUGGUAUGGCUUCAAUGACAAUUGA